UGCCAGUGAGAAAGCUUGUUAGACACACACACAGACUAGCAUCAGUCCUCUUCACAUCCUCUUUGAAGAUGAGGACGUCUUGAAGAUGGCCUGUACGCUUUUGGACUAAAAGUACACCAUUAGCCAUUAUUAUUUUUUAUUUUUUGGAGGGUGGGGGGGGACAACACCUCCCAUUAAAGGACAUCGGACAGCAUGUCGGAGAAACACGGCCUUGACGACGCUAGCCGUCAGACAAUGCAGCCCCCUCCAUACAUCCCGGGCCCCCAGGACCCUAACAUACCCCAACACCCCACCAUGCCGCCGGGCGCCCAGCCGGGCUAUCCCCCGCUGCCGCCACCUGCGGGCUCAGAGGGCUACCUCCAAGAGACUCAGUUCCACUGUAACACAAUGGGACCCCCUGGUGCUCCACAAGGCUACACUGUCCAGACCCAGGGUCCCGGUGGGACCCUACCUCACCCUCCGGUGGGAUACCUCCACCCUGGGUACCCUCUGCAGCUGCAGCCGUGCACUGCGUACGUUCCUGUGUACCCCAUGGCAUCGGGGCAGCCGUACAUGCCGGCAACAGGGGGCCACCCGGCGAUCCCACCGGGUCAGAUUCAUCCCAUGCAAAUGCCUCCCAACAUCACCUUAAUGGACCGUAGACCUCCACAUGACUACCUGCCAAUCGCCGUGCUCACCACCGUGUGUUGCUUCUGGCCCACUGGCAUUAUCGCCAUCAUUAAAGCAGUGCAGGUACGCACGGCCAUCGCCAGAGGCGACAUGGUCACGGCGGAGAUCGCCUCCCGCGAGGCCCGCAACUUCUCCUUCAUCAGCUUGGCCGUCGGCAUCGCCUCCAUCGUGCUCUGCACCAUCCUCACCGUGGUCGUCAUCAUCGCCUCGCAGCAUCACGACGACGACUGGGAGCCGUAACGGCGGCGCGACCGCAUCCAAAACGGUUACACGCUAGUUCAUUACGUGGAAACGGGAGCUCUGGUACUGUCGUUGCUACACAACCAUGUGACCAAACGCAUUAAAUCACACACUGGACGCUAAAUGCUAACUGCUAACUGCUAACUGCUAUCCAACUACAGUACAGUGGAGCCCGCUUAUGUCAACAUCAACAUCCGGUACACAGUGGACCGCUUUAUUCAACAUCAAAUUUCAGUCUGUUUAUGUCAACAUGUGUUGUUCACUACAUCACUAUGACUAAGCAGCGUCGACAUCUUAAUUUUAAAAAAAUGGCCGCUUAAGUUGACACACACGGUCGUCAUAAUUUCUAUGAAAAAUGUCCGUUUAUGUUGACAUCUGUCAUCGUAUUGUUAACUACUGUACAGCAUUAUCACUAAGCAGUGUUAAACUCGCUUAUGACAGAAAAUGUCCGCUUCAGUUGACACACACGGUCGACCACUUUUGUCGACAUAAUUUCUAUGAAAAAUAUGUCCGUUUAUGUUGACAUCUGGCAUCGUAUUGUUAACUACUGUACAGCAUUAUCACUAAGCAGUGUUAAACUCGCUUAUGUCGACAUCUUAUGACAGAAAAUGCCCGCUUAUGUUGACACACAUGGUUUACCACUUUUGUUGACAUAAAUACUCUGAAAAAUGUGUCAGUUUAUGUUGACAUCUGUCAUCGUAUUGUUAAUUUCUGUACAGUAUUAUCACUAAGCAGUGUUAAACUCGCUUAUGACAGAAAAUGCCCGCUUAAGUUGACACACACGGUUGACCACUUUCGUUGACAUAAUUCCUCUGAAAAAUGUGUCUGUUUAUGUCGACAUCUGGCAUCGUAUUGUUAAUUUCUGUACAGUAUUAUCACUAAGCAGUGUUAAACUCGCUUAUGUCGACAUCUUAUGACAGAAAAUGCCCGCUUAAGUCGACACACAUAGUUGACCGCUUUUGUCGAUAUCUAGGAAAAAUGCGGCUGUUUAUGUCAACAUGUGUUGUAGUAUUGUUAACUACUGUACAUAAUUAUUACGAAGCAAUGUAAAGCCCGCUUAUGUCGACAUCUAAUGACAAAAAACACCCGCUUAAGUUAACAUAAAAUUUGAGAGCCAAAGGGGUAAUUUCCAUGAAAAAUGUGUCCGUUUAUGUUGACAGUUUGUAAUAAUGUUAACUUGGCUAAGCCUAUUUUACCACAAGAGUAUCUAAAUGGCAAAUUUAUAUUUUCCAUUUUUUUGGUUAUGUUGACAACCGCUUAUGUCGACACAAAGAGUCAUUUAAAUUAAAAAUGCUUUAUGUCGACAUGUUGUAGUAAUGUUAACUUGGCUAAGCCUAUUUUACCACAAAAGUAUCUAAAUGGCAAAUUUAUAUUUUCCCAUUUUUGGUUAUGUUGACAACUGCUUAUGUCGACACAAAGAGUCAUUUAAAUUAAAAAUGCUUUAUGUCGACAUGUUGUAGUAAUGUUAACUUGGCUAAGCCUAUUUUACCACAAGAGUAUCUAAAUGGCAAAUUUAUAUUUUCCAUUUUUGGUUAUGUUGACAACCGCUUAUGUCGACACAAAGAGUCAUUUAAAUUAAAAAUGCUUUAUGUCGACAUGUUGUAGUAAUGUUAACUUGACUAAGCCUAUUUUACCACAAGAGUAUCUAAAUGGCAAAUUUAUAUUUUCCGUUUUUGGUUAUGUUGACAACCGCUUAUGUCGACACAAAGAGUCAUUUAAAUUAAAAAUGGUUUAUGUCGACAUGUUGUAGUAAUGUUAACUUGUCUAAGCCUAUUUUACCACAAUAGUAUCUAAAUGACAAAUUUAUAUUUUUCCAUUUUGGUUAUGUUGACAACCGCUUAUGUCGACACAAAGAGUCAUUUAAAUUAAAAAUGCUUUAUGUCGACAUGUUGUAGUAAUGUUAACUUGGCUAAGCCUAUUUUACCACAAGAGUAUCUAAAUGGCAAAUUUAUAUUUUCUCAUUUUGGUUAUGUUGACAACCGCUUAUGUCGACACAAAGAGUCAUUUAAAUUAAAAAUGGGUCCGUUUAUGUCGACAUGUUGUAGUAAUGUUAACUUGGCUAAGCAUAUUUUACCACAAGAGUAUCUAAAUGGCAAAUUUAUAUUUUCCAUUUUGGUUAUGUUGACAACCGCUUAUGUCGACACAAAGAGUCAUUUAAAUUAAAAAUGCUUUAUGUUGACAUGUUGUAGUAAUGUUAACUUGGCUAAGCCUAUUUUACCACAAAACCAUUUUUGGUUAUGUUGACAACCGCUUAUGUCGACACAACCGGGAUCCACUGUAUAAUAACAUUCAAGCAAGUAUUUGUAUAUAUUUCCAGUAUGUAUGAGUAGCUUCUCGGUGGAAAAAAAAAAACAGUGCCAUGUUGAAACCGUGUGCUGCUAUGGUAUUCCUGCUGAUGCGCCAUCAAGCUAAUCUGUUAAGCCGAGUUUAAAAGAGUAGACUUAGGCCUGGGAAAAUGUUUAAAAUGGUAUAUAUAUAUAUAUAAAUAUAUAUAUAUAUAUUUGACAAAUGUUAUUUAUUGCUUUAUUCAAUAGCUGCUGUGCUUUUAUGUCACACUUUUUUUUUUAUUGCGAUCCGAUGCUGCUUCUGACAUGCAUAGUGACGUACAUGCAUGAUAAUAAAUGCGUUUGUCGUAAAGCAGCUCUAAGAGUAGAUGAUUUAUUUAGCGCUAGUAAACACCGUGAAAUUCAGUGGAAGCAUUAUUAGGUUUGAUAUAUUUUUUUUAUUAAUUUUUUUUUAAUAUAUUGCAUUGCCCGGACAUAAGCAGGCAGCAUAAGUUUGCAUGUCAUCCUCAGUUUGCUUCCAUUUAUUUUGAAAUAUUCAGGCUAGAUGCUAGCUCCUGUACACACUUUAUACUUUAUACUCUUUAUACUCAGUACGCACUUGGGACUGUGCAGUGAGUCGGGAUUUGAUUACCGCAUUGGAAAAUAAUCCUAGAUUUCGAGAAUAAAGUUGGAAAUUUAUGAGAAUAAUUUACUUAAUUUACUACAAAAAACCUAAUAUUACAAAAAUGAACUCUUAAAUUUAUGAAUAAAUAAUAAAGUCACACAUGUACUUAAAAAAAAGUGGUAAUAUUACAAAAUUAAAGUCGUAAAUUUACAAGAAUAAAGUCAUAAAUUUAGUCGUAAAAGACUUUUAUUCUUGCAAAUUUACAAGAAUAAAGUAAUAAAUUUAGUCGUAAAAAGAAAAAAGACAAGAAAAAGAAAAAGACAGAUUUAGAGAAUAAAGUUGAAAAUUUAUGGGAAAAAAAAAUACGAAAAUAAAAUUGGAAAUAAAAGUAUAAAGUCAUUAAUUUAUAAGAAUAAAAAUCUAAUUUAGGAGAAAAAAGUUGUCACAUUUCCAGAAUAAAGUUGUUAAUUUCCGAGAAAAAAAAGUUGUAAUAUUACGAGAAUAAAGUCAUAGAUUUAUGAAGAAAAAGUCUGACCAUAAAGUCGUAAAUUUACAAGAAAAAAUUGUUAAUAUUAUCGGAAUAAAGUUGUACAUUUACAAGAAUAAAGUUUCACAUUUAUGAGAGAAAUUAAGUCAAAAUAUUUCUGACGAGAAAAGUUGUCAAUUUACGAGAAAAAAAGUCAUAAUUAUACAAUUAUAACGUUGUAAAUUCACAACAACAAAAGAUGUAAUAUUACAAAAAUAGUCGUAAAUUUCUGAAAAGGUCAUAAAUUUACAAGAAAAAAUUUGUAAUAUUACAACUUUACAACAACAAGUCAUAUUACGAAAAUAAAUUCAUAAAAAUUCAUCGAGAAUUCAUAAAAAAUUUACGAGAAGUAACGGCGUAAUAUUACACAAAUAAAGUCUUAAAUGUCCUAAAAUAAAGUGUUUCAUUGAAAUUUUAGUUUCAUAAAUUUCUGCCGAGAAUAAGCUUGUAAAUGUACUUUCUCGUAAAUGUACGACUGUAUUCUCGUAAUAUUACAAGUUUUUUUUUCGUACUUUUACGACUUCAUUGUCGUAAACGUACGACUUUACUCUCGAAAUCUCGUUUUAUUUUAAACAGGCAAGUUAACAGAGCGACUUUUUGUCUCGUAAAUGUACAACUUUUUUAUUUUUGAAAAUUUCCGAUUUUAUUCUCGAUCGUAUAAAGCUUUUGAUCCAAGAUAAUGAAUGUCGCUAAGACUGGUUGCUAACACGAAAAACAUAUCCUACUUCCCCUUUUCUUGCCUACUAUUUUCAAAAACGAUUGCAUCGCUAAUAUUAUUAUAGGAAAAAAAAUGCUUUAAACGUUUAUUUUUUUUAUUUUGUUGAUGUUGGAAUGAAGAAAAAACUAGCCAAAUUUGCUAUAUUGCUCUUUAAAAAAAAAAUCCUAUAUUUUAAUGUGAUGCGCAUAUUUUUAAAUGUAUUUAUGUAAAACCCUAAAGCACCUAAAAUAUGAAUUAUAUUUAAGCUUGCACUCUUAGAAAUAUUAAGUUGACACUUUAAAUAAGUUUUGUGGCACUGACGCAAGUAUGUGCUUAUAUAUAUAUAUAUAUACAUAUAUAUACAUGUAUAUAUAAAACAUACAGGAUGUAUAAUGUGAAUUGCACUUAUUUGUUGUGAUAACUUAAUUGAAGGGUACCCCCAAAAGUCUGGAUUAUUAAUGAAUUAAAUGAAAUAAAUAUUGAGCUAAUAUAAAUAAUAAAAAUUCAACUUAAUGUAUUUUUAAAAAUUUUGAAAUAUUUUAUUUUAUUUAUUUUAUUUUAAUAAAAAAUAAUUUUAUUAUUUAUUUUAUUUCCUAUUAAAUCUUAAGUCCAGACUUUGGGGCCACCCCGUAUUUUAGACCAAGAUGGGCUAUCGGCGUUGUUAUGAAGUACAUAAAGUGUUUAUGCUAGCUAGCUAGUGUUAGCAUAUCUAGUUAAAACUACGCUGCGUUUUCUUUACCGCUUGUUCCGUAUUUGAUUGACAGGCUGUGUUUUCAUUCCGAUGGUUUAUGUUUGUGAAUCAAAUAAAGGAUGAAGCUCC